ACAAGUCGUCUCCUAAGUCGUAAGUGCGCGCGAGGCCGAGCCAUAUGACAAAUUUUUUAUUUAUUUUUCCCCAGCAUUAAAAUGGCCGCGGAUCGCAGCGGCCGCUGGCUGGAUUCUCAUACUAGCACCGGCGGCGGGGCAGCAAGCCCCGAUCGCUCACUGUGAUAUGGCUUCCACCUCCGGCUUGCAGCACCGCUGCGUCUUCGUUGGGAACAUACCUUACGAUGCCACCGAGGAACAGCUGAUACAGAUUUGCGAGGAGGUUGGCCCCGUAGUCUCCUUCAGGUUGGUACUUGAUAAGGAAACUGGAAGGCCUAAAGGUUAUGGCUUUUGUGAGUACAAAGAUGAAGAAACAGCGCUUAGUGCUCGUCGCAAUCUCCAAGGCUAUGAGAUAAACGGACGCCAACUGAGAGUUGACUUUGCAGAGAAUGACAAAGGAGUUGAUCGAAAUAGGGAACAGGGUCGUGGUGGCCCAGGAUUGACAUCAAGUACUGAUAGCCAGAAAUCAUUAGCUACUCAACCAUUUGUUGGAGAUGCAACCCUUCAACGACUAUUAGUGCUUCCACAAGCAGCUGCAGCUGCCUCUAUAAUGGCUGAAGCAUUAGGUGGACCACAGACUAGUAGUCAAUCUCAAUUUAGAAGUGGUCAGCCCAAUUUUCCUGGCUCGGGAAAUGAUCCUUUGGCCAAUUACCUUGCAUGUAUGUCCAGAUACCAGCUAAAUGAAAUUAUGUUGGAGAUGAAGGCCUUGGCUACAAAAAACAGGACUCAGGCUCAGGAACUGCUGCAGGCAAGUCCACAAUUGACGAAGGCACUUUUUCAGGUACAAAUUAUGCUUGGUAUGGUAACACCACAAAUGAUGCAAGUCGCAGGUAACCAGAAAACAUUAAGUGUAGUAGCAAUGCCUUCAGUCCAGGAUAAUAAACAGGAUUUCGAGCCUUCAACACCUUACCUUGGUCAAGUUUCCUUACAUAAAGAAGCAGCGGUUGAACCAUUUUGGAGAUCUUCUGAAUCUCAAGGAAAAAACGUUUUACCAAAUCCUGCAAUUUUCCAGCAUUCUUCACUCCCCCCUAAACAUUUGCCUCUUCAUGCUCAUCGGCCACCUCUGUCCCAAAAUCAAAUUUAUGCUCAAGGAGCAAUACCUGGAAUAGCUGGUGUGUCUAUGCCCGCAAAUGUACAAGCUCCACCUUUCCCUUCUUCUGUGAGUUCCGUACCACAAGUGCAGCCCUCUCUAUUGCACCAAUUCAGACCGGUUGGAACUACAAGCAUUGGUCUACAACAUCAAGCCAUCCUGCCAAAUAAUAGUCUGCAGCAGUCAUUUUUGCCUCAUCCUUUAAAAUCCCAGAUUCCCUCGUUGAAUAACCCACUGCAAUCAACUGGGCUGGAGAUGCUUUUGAGGGAAGCUCGGCCAUCUUCUUCUAACCUAGAUUUAACUUCUGCAUCAAGAAUUAGCACAGAAAAACCUAGUUCUCUACGAGGUUUGGUAAAGCAAAAUGAAAUGUCAAGUGCGACAAUAGGACUAUCAACUCAUCCUUCAAAACGACCAAGAUUGGAAGAGGGAGGUAUUGCUCAUAAUUUGAUUAGUAGAAACUCUUCUGUAGGUGGCCUAUGUCAAGCUCAGUCGUCUGAUCCUUCCCUUUCAGCCGGAGAAAAAGUAUCCAGUGCAGAUGGGAUGCAGAACACACAAAAGCAAACGCCCCAGCUUUCAGUAGAAGAGGAAUCAGUGCUCCUUCAGCAGCUCAUGAGCUUGACGCCUGAACAGCUUAGUUCAUUGCCAUCAGAGCAGCAGCAGCAAGUUCUGGAGAUCCAACGGACACUUCGUUCGAAGCCACUCGUCUAGCUUUUGUAGAUUGGUUGCUUCUUCACCUUUAUGAGAUUUUAUUGAGGUCCUGAGGGUUUUUCUCAGACCAAUUCUUUUUCUCGGGGCUGUUAAAAAUAUUUAAAAUUAAUAUUAUUCAAAUUUAGUAAUUUCAUUUGGGCUCUAAUUUUAGACGA